AUUCGGUGGCAACAGCGCCGCAAAGGCAAGAAUCUUCGGCCGAGCUGGCGAGAGAGACAGGACGCGGAACACACACACACACACGCGCGCACACACACGGGGAGAACGUGAUUCGUACAUUUAUUUGAAGCAGGCAGUCUCGUACCGUAGGCUGGGGGAAAUCAUGCUUUAUUGCAGAGAAAGAGAUUAAGCUGACGAUCACUCUGCAGCAGCGCAGUGCCUGGGCUUCACGUGACGGUGCUAGACUUUUAACGUCACCGUCCGUUCCGCGGUCUAUGUCUCUGAGCCGCGAGCACGCGCGCCCAUGGCCUCGGUAAACAGGGACGAGGAGCUGCGAUGGGUGCCGACGCACGUGCAGGUGCUGGUGAUCCGCGCCCGCGGGCUCCGCGCCAAGGGCAAGCACGGCACGAGCGACGCAUACGCCGUGGUGCAGCUCGGCAAGGAGAAGUACUCCACAUGCGUGAUGGAGAAAACUACGGAGCCUGAAUGGGGCGAGGAGUGCUCAUUCGAGCUGCAUCCUGGCGUGCUAGACGACGGGGGCUACGACGGGCACCCGGCGAGCACCUGCGACCUUACCUUCACCGUCAUGCAUCGCGCGCUCAUCGGCCUUGACGUGUUCCUGGGCCAGACCGUGAUCGCGCUGGAUAAGGCGUUCCGUGAGCGUGUGUGCAUGAGAAACGAAUGGUACAAGCUUCAUUCUAAAACUGGCAAAAAGGAAAAAGAAAGAGGGGAGCUUCAGCUAACAGUGCAGUUCACUCGCCAUAACCUGACAGCCAGCAUGUAUGACCUCUCCAUGAAGGACAAACCUCGGUCAGCGUUCAUCAGGCUGCGUGAGCGCAUGCGUGCACGGAAGCGUGGUGGGGAUGAAGAGUCCUCCUCAGCCAUCGUGCCAGGGGGUUAUGGGGCGUUGGCGCGCAUGCGGGGCCGUCUGCCAAGUGAUGGUGGUGGGGAGGAAGACUAUGAGGAUGAUGAAGGAGGGGAGUUGAGGAGAAGUAAAAUGAGGAGUUACUUCCUCCAUGGAAGGUUACGAAAGUCAUCGGACACACGUUCUAGCACUUCUCUGGGUUCUGAGAGCAGCGAGUCAUCUUCCAGAGGGGGCAGUCUUAGCCCAACUGCUGGCAUCAGUGUAGUGGUUUCAGACCUCUCCAAUUCACCCAGCAACAGCAGCAACCUGACAGCAGACAACAGCCCAGAGCACACAGUAGCCCCCUCACCACUAGUCUCCCCUGUUAGACAUGUGUUUGAUGAGGUGUGUGACCAUAGCAUCCCAGUGCCUCAUUCCCUGUCCAUUGACAGUGAUACUCCCAUUCUCCUGCCCUCUGUCUGUGUUAAUGGAAAUCCAGUAGAGACAUCUCCUCUUACUCAUCAACCCCCCUUACUGGUACUACAACAACCUAGGCCACAGACAGAGACCCGCCAAGAAUCACCGAAAACUCCUCAGACAAGCCCACCGGAGAAACGCAAACCUACUCAGGCCCAAACAGUCCAGUCCUCGGAAAUCAAACCUCAACCCAGUCCUGAGUUUCAGACUAAGGAGCCUAAGUCCAAGCAUGACCUGCAGUUCCCUGCAUUAGGAAUACUGCAGAAGGGCUCUGCACUCUCUUUAUCCUUGCAGAACAUCUCUCGCCAUAAAGAGGAGCAGCAGGGCGGAGGGCCUAUAGAAGGCCGCCGCUGGUCCUUUGAUAAACCAGGAGAGGAGGAGAAAGCAGCCAUAGCAGCUGCACUGGAGCAUGCUGGGUUGAUAACCGACGAGACAGUGGUGGAAACGGGUGUGCCUGUAAGCGAGAAAGAAGUUCAAGGCAAGAAGAAGCGGAGCUUGUUCUUUCAUUCACAGGCUGAAAAAGAGGAAACUGGCCAGGCUCGGCCAGCUACAGAGGGAAAACACAGAGGCUGGUUCAGCUCUAAGGACCCAUACAGUAAACCAAGCCAGGUGGUUGCUCCUCAAACAGACUCCAGCUCCAGCACAGCCCUUCCCCCUUUAUCCCUGUCCCCCACUGACUUCUCAGAGGGGGUGACUUACCAUUACACUAACCCCUUCACUUCCUCCUCAUUCAUCUCUCCUGCUAACCCUUUCUUUUCACUUCUCAAGCAGAAUCCAUUUUUCCAGGAGCUGCAUACUGUCACUCCUUUAACACCUGCUUUGCCCUUUCUCUGUAGCCCAGCCAUUCAUCAACCUGAAGUGCCUGCAUCCAGUCCAGGACACCCCUCCUCUCUUCUACAUGUCGUUGAAGCUGGAAAUGCAAAGGGAGUCCUAGUGGAUGGAUCAUCACAAAAUCUUACAAAUUCUUUUUGCAGAACUGAUACAUCAGAUGACACUGACCAAUACAGUCAAUGGGAUGAUUUCAUUGGUGAUAGACUAAAGCUAAACUCAGAGAUUGGUAAUCAGAAUGUGACCAUCCUCCCCUCUUCCAACCAGUCUAAACCAACUAAUACAACACUUUGUUGUGAAGGUGACCCAAAUAAAGCUCUAGAGGUGUCCAAUCAAGCUCUAGAAAGUGUAUGUAAUAUAACCCCAGCAUGCACUUUAAUUGUAGAUGCACUUCCUCACUUUGAAGAUGAAUCUUAUUUUGUGCACUGUAGUACUCAGAAGACUGACCUCAAUAAUUUUGUUCCUCAGGAUGCUUCAGAAUCUGAAUUUGACUCCUCAUUGCCGAAUAACUCAAACAUAGAUUUCUCUGAACUCAACGCCCUAGCGUGCCCUUACCCAACACUUUCAAACGGCACAUUUAAUAAGGACAGAGUCAGCGCAGACUCAGUCUGCCAAAUAAAUAUUACACCAAAUGCAAUGUUAGUGUCAUCUGUGGCUCCUGAACCCUCAGCACCCAAUUUUGAAUCAUUAGAUUAUUUAGACCUGUAUGAAAAGUCUGAACAUGAAAUAGUCAAGUGCAUUUCCUCCAAGAGGCAGACAGAUGAUUACAGUAAAGGGUCUGUAGAAAUCCAAAAGACAUCUCAGCCUUACUGUAAUUUUGAUAUUUUGGAAGCAUCUUCUGUUGUAACAUCUGAAUCUCCAAGGAGGGGCUGUAAUGUCCCAGAAUCAAAGUCUCUCCCAAAAGGACAGAGGGACUUUAAAUCAAAUGAUGAUAUUGAAACAGGAGAUGGAAAUGAAGAAUUGCAAGAGUCUGCCAUUAAAGAUGGAACAUACUUGGAUGUCCAUCCAGAAACAUAUCCAUUAGAGUUGUCUAUUCCCUUUGGACCCAGUGACUCUGUGUUACAACAAAGACUGAUCAUGGAGAAAGAUGCUGCAGAAGGUUUUGAUAUCAAGAGCUUGAAGGUUGUUAUGGAUUCUUCUAUGGACUCGUCCAAUAAGUCAUUAACAAAGCAGAAAGUCAGCGAUUCACCACCUAAUACAUCUACAAGAAGUUUCAGGAUUGACCAUUUACCUGAAACUGUCAGUGGACUUUGUGAGGUAGAUGCACCAAAUGAUGGCAGACUGACACUAUCUUCAGCAGUGUCUCCUAAGUGUGUUCUCUCCCAUAGCCUGUAUGAGAGUGUAGACUCUGAGAAAUACCUUACCUGCAUGUCACAGAACAGUUACCUUACCAUUUCCCAGCUCUCUCCUGUGGCCAAUCUGGAAAAUGACACUUUUCAAGAAAUCAAGCCAAAAUCUGAUUCAUCUCAGGAUGUUCUCCCAACAAAUGACCAGUCUCUGAGAUCCCUGUCAGUACUGCAGCAACACCCAGCUGAGAUUUCUCAAGAAGCCUUGCCAAAGAAUGGAGAUAUUUCUCAACAUGAUCUUUCAAACCCAUUAGCAUCUCUUUCCUUUUUGCCAAAAUUUGACUCAUCACAGAAUGCUUUAGAAAAAUGUGACAUUACCAAAGAGGCCAUAACGGGUACUGUUAAAAAUGAAUCGAUACAAAAAUGCGGUCCCCCAAUGGACACAAUAAUGAACAAUGAUUUGCUACAUGAGAGAAUUCCAGAUCUUGCCGAGAUGACAACAAAGGCAGGGGAAGUUCUUUUAAACUUGGAUCCAUAUACAUUCAUGGAGAAUAGUAAUUGCUUUACUGAGCCUCCUCAGUCUAAUCUUGUGCAAUGUGAUGGUGGUCUAGAGGACCUGCAGAUUAUCACAGAUUUUUGUCAGUCCACUGAGAAUAUGUGCGUCUCUGAUUUUGUAUCCGAGCCAACCUCUAGCAUUACUCAGGACUUGGUUAUGACAGAUUUGCUCCUGGAGAACGUGUUUGUGGCCCAGCAUGCUGUGACACAUUCUGUUGGCACAAGCCCUGUCACACACCCUGUGCCUAGAGAGACUUGCACAAACAUGGAAUUGUUUCCUCAUACCAUUAAAGCAUCACAAAUAAGUAAAAAUAAACAAGCGACAACUAAUGCAGCUUCUGUUCCACUAGGGGAGCACUUGGACAGCGUCAUACACUGGUCUAGUAUUCAACCACCUCUCCCCGAGCCCUCAACCCUGGAUCAGCUGACUUCAGGGCAUGAUCUCUUGAUGAGCUCUCCCUUAUCUUUGCUUAACCUUUCACCACUAGCCUCCUCUACGCCGCAUGUAGCAGUAGGUAUUAAUAGUCUGCCACUGUCCCCCUUUCCUAUGCCCUCUGCUCCAGCAAAAACAUUGCUGCAUACUACACUGGCUGCUACUACUACUCUUUCCCCUGCAUUUACUGCAUCAUAUGAUAGUUUCCCUCAGGAAGAACAUCAGGUAGCCUGUCAUCUCAACAGUCCACAUCUAGUGAAGCCUUUGACACCUCCAGAUGAGAAGAGGUCAGAAGGGUGGUCUGUGCUGGAGAAACUCAAGUCCACCAUUCAUCCAGGACGAGGUCACCAAGGAGACCAGGAACAUGAGAAAAAGCUCUUGGUGGAGGGUGGAGGCUCCUACUACCAUCUAAACCACAGUGAGCUGGUGUCACUCCUGCUACAGCGGGAUGCUGAGCUCCAACAGGAAAAGGAGGAGUAUGAGCGCCGGGGCUUGUUGCUAGAGAAGCGGGAGGUGGAGUUAAAGAAGAUGAAAGUUAUAAUUCGAGAUUUAGAGGAUUACAUUGACACUUUGUUAGUCCGCAUUAUGGAACAAACUCCUGCACUGUUGCAAGUUCGUCCCAAAAUGAAAUGAACCUAUAGUGAAUCAGCAAACAUUUCACUGUCACUUCACAAAUCUUCCACUAUCCCUGGGCAGAAGUUGCAACCCUGCACUGCUACUGCUACCAUGUAACUGUAGAAUGAAGCAUUAUUGAACAGGCACAGAAAAGUUAUAUUUGGCAUUUGUUGCUGUCUCAGAUACAGUGUCUACCUGUUUGCACCCAACCCCCUGCCUUCCUGACUCCCACAAUUCUUAUUCUUCUAAGAAUUUCUGAGAAAUUGUCUUAGUGGAUGCUCACUUCCUCUAAACAAAUGUGUAGGAGAUGUGCAUCUGUCCAGCUAGUUACCAAAGCUGCCUGUCAGUCAAAGGAAGGUGUGGUCUGGUUUUAGAAAACUUGGGUAUAGAGUCUUUGCUGCUUGAAAUAAUCUGUUAUCCAAAUGUUCUUUUUUGUUCUUCCUUUCUCCUUACAUUAAUGGGACCUAUCUCAUUUAAGCUCAUAAAACGAUGCUGCUUGAACCAGCCGAUUCUAUAGAUUUCGAGUUGAGGGGGAAAAAAAUUAUUAUAACUGCAAAAAAAGAAAGCAAAAUCGGUCAAUUCGCAUCUGCUUGUGCCUCAUGUCAUGUCUUCCGCACUUUACUGAUAAGCAUAAGAGUAGAGGCACACACUAACAUGCUGGUUCCCCAGCCUGUUUGUGUCAACUAGUCCCACUCCCAUCCUGCUCGAGCUAACAUGCACACAUUGCUGCCAGUGCUUUCAGGUGUAAUGAACAGGAUAUAUACUGUUCUUACUGCUUAUAUGCCACUCUGGUGAAAUGCCAAAUGCUGCCUUAUCAUAUGUCUCUGUUCUGUUAUUGUAGAAACCAUCACUUUUCACUGUACCUUACCUUGAAGUGGGACUGUAAGGGACUGGGGGUUCAGACCUGAUUACCAACAGACAGUUAGGUUAAAUCAGGUAAUGUUAUAGGCUUUUACUGCCUCAAGUGUUGAGCGAUGAACAAACAGUACUGUCUAUAAGUGAGGUGGAUAAUUUAUGGAAUACCAAAUGCCAGAAAUUGCUAUAAUUCAGUUUCACAGUAUUCCCAGUGCAGCCAUGGCUCCGGCCCGUGUCAGUGUGCCUGCAGUGUUUCACGGAUGUUGCCACUAUCAGUGUUUUUUGCAGUGUAGUACCAUCUGUAGUUGUGUGGUAGCGGCCUGUGUAACAGCACUUUCAAACCACACAUACACUUAAUAAAAUGGUUCUUCCUCAAAAGCAUAACUACUGAGCAAACACAAAUAACAAAUACAUACACAUUUACACUGCACUAGCUCAUUCUCUGAACCUAAGAUAUUUACAGUAUUCCUGUGCUUACUGUAAUUCUUAUAGUCCAGCUAAGCUAGAAAAUCAGAGAUCAAUAUCUUACAUGUAACUUGUCAAAAACAAUUAGAAGCACUUAAGGUUUAACAUGUUCUGCCUCUUACUGAACUAUGAUCUCUAGCUCUUAGGUUGUGAUUGAUGUAUAAAUGGAGUGACUUAGACUGGUAUGGUACUGUGUCGUUUGGAUGGACUCAUGGAAUAUUAAUGUCAGUCAGAGACUAAAGUUUACAAUUCUUAAUAAACCUGUUUUAUCUUUGUAUACCCUUAUUUAAAUGAUAUAAUAUUUAUGCUUUGUUUUCUUUUUCCAUUUUCUUUCUUUGCCCUUUAGUUUUGUUACACAGAGGUUAUGAAAAGUUAUUACAUGUUUUAAGUUCAUAUUUGGGUCACUCUUACUUUCCUACCUUUUGUUCCAUUUUAUCAGCUACUGAAGCUGUAUAAUUAUUUUUCCUUUUAGGUUCUUACUGCCUUUUUAUUUAUGCACCCUGUUUGGGAAUAUGCUGUUCUAUGACUGUGUUUGUUAUUUAGAAGUCUUAUAAUGUAGGAAGCAAUAGUGCAGAUUGCUAGAGAACUGUGAAAAGCCAGAUGCCACCUGCAGUCCAGUUAGGAGGUACAAGUGCCCUUGACUUAAUGUCAUGUUGUAGAAUGUGUCAGUGGAAUGAACAUGGAAAUGAUUAUUUGUAAUUUUAAUUUGUUAAGCUGCAUUUCUGUAGCAGAACCUCUGAUACGUUUGUUUGAAAAUAAAAACUAUUUAAUUUAAUUCCAUUCCUACACUUUUGUUCUUGCAAUUCUGGAAAAAAAGCUACAUUACUAUUAUCCUUUUUUAAUAAAAUAGGCUAUCACACUGGAUUAUUUAACAAAUGACACAUUUAUUAAAGGUUACCUACAUACAAUUAAUAUAAACAGUCUACACACCCCUGUUAAAAUCGCAGGUUUUUGUGUUGGGGAAAAAAAUUAAACCAAGAUUAAUUAUGUCAGAACUUUUUCUACCCUCAAUGUGUAAUUACACUGUAAAAAAAAAAAAAAAAAAAAAAAAACCUUUGGGGGGUAACUUACAAUAACCUGGUUGCAUAAGUGUGCAUACCACUAAAGUAAUACUUUGUUGAUGCACCUUUUGAUUUUAUUUAUUAGUCUUUUUAGGUUUGAGUCUAUCAGCAUGACACAUCUUCACUUGGCAAAAUGUUCUUGCUAGCAAAAACAUUCUAGAUCCAGCAGAUUGUAAAGGCAUCUCCAUUGUGCUGCCCACUUUAGGUCACCCCACAGAUUUUUAGUUUUCAGGGCUGGGCUCUGGCUUGCUCAACUUUAUCUUCUUUUGGUUAAGUCAUUUCUUUGGUCCUUGAUUUGGAUGUGUGCUUUGGGUCAUUUUCAUGCUGAAAGGUAAAAUUCGUGACAUUUGAAGGUUUUGCACUAAAACUGGCAGGUAUUUGUAGCUAUUCAUGAUUCCCUCCAUCUUAAUAGAACCCCCAAUUCUGGCUGAAGGAAAGCAGCCCUAAAGCAUGAUGCUGCCACUACCAUGCUGCACUGCGGGUAUGGUGUACUUUUGGUGAUGUCUAAUGGUUAAACCCCUCCCAAUGCUAAUUAAGUGAGAUACCAUGCAUGCUUUGUAAGCAUUUUGUGGAUCAUGGCUUCAGCAGUCAGAUGAGACUAUCUAUGUAAUUACUUUUGAAAAUGAGAUUGAUCAUGAUUAGUUCAUUCUGAACAUAGCCACAUCCCCAAUUACAAAAGGGUGUACAUAUUUAUGCAACAAGGCUAUAAGCCCCUCCCCCCUUUCCCCUAAAAUGUUUCUGAUUGUUUUUCAGUUAAUCGUUACAUAUUGUCAUGACGUUUCAUCUUGGUUUUAUUUAUUUAUUUUUUUUUUUUACAUCACAAACCUAGGGGUGUGCGGAUGUUUUAGAUGACCUUUUUGCAUUUACUUCAUUUUUGAUUUCAUUAUUCCAUGAAUUUCUAGAGAGGACAAAUCCAGGUGAAGCUCACGGAGAAAACGGUGAAGCUCACGGUGAAACUACUCCACAGGGAUCAGAAAUGUUUCAUUUUUAAAUCAAGUCUUUCCUUGAGGUGCUGUUCUUUGGGAUGUCCAGGGGUUGUCUUAUGUCCCUAGAUGGCAAAUGUUUGCUUGUUUGAUUAUUGUAUUGAUAAUUGAAGGGGAAUAUUAAAAUCAGCUCUCUGAUUUGUCCUUUUGCAUCUGUCAAUGAAAUAAACUCUUUUCA